AGUGCAGUCCGUCAGUUGGUGUGUGCGGUGACGGCUGCAAGGAGGUGCGUGGUGACCCUCCGCUCGGAACACACUGGUCAGGCAGGAGGAAAAGAAACAAAAAAACAAAAAGGAAAGGCGAAACACGGGAAAGUAACGAUGCCAGUCACUUCUCGUUUGUGGUUGCGUCACGUCAGGUGUGUUUCGCGCAGCAGUGACAAAAAAGAAUAAUAAAAAAAAGGCUUACAGUGAAAUAGUGAUGCCUAACUAAUACGAGUGAUAAUUAAAGAAACACUAUACUAUAAAAAAAGUGCAGAGAAGCGAAGAAAGUGAAAAAAAAAGCAAAUCAAAGGAGCACAUUUCUCAUAAACAGUGAAAAGCAAAAGAGAGAAAAGAAAACAGUGAAAAAAGAAGGGAGAAAUAGAGGAGACCAAAGAAGAAAAACGAACCUCAUAAACAGUGAAAAAGAGGAGAAAGAAAUAUAUAAAAAAAAAAAACUGAAGAGGAGAAAGAAAAUAACAAAAAAAACAGUGAAAAAAAGGUGAUAAAGAAAGAAAAAAAGAGAAAGUGAACAAAACAAAACAAAAGUGACAAAAAAGUUAGAGAUAUAAAGGAAAAAAAAUAAAGAAAAUAAAAAGGAGACAAAAAGUGGACGAAACAAAACAAAAAAAAGUGUCAAAAUAUAAAGAUAAAAACUAAAAACAAAGAAAGGAAGAAAAGGAAGAGAGACGGAGAGGAGACACACCAUGAGAUCUUCCUCCUCCUCCUCCUCCUCCUCCGCCUCCUCCUCUCUCCCGUCAUUCCCUCCAGUCCAGCGUCCGGCCAGCACCAGGGCAGCGUGAGCCUCCCCGCCCCCUGCCAUGAGGCCGCGUCCUCGUGAAGGCCUGUCGGAGAGCACGAGGCGGCAGGCCGGGGCGCCGCGAGGACACGAGGCCAAGACCGAGGCCGACAAAUGACGAAGGGCUCACUGGAUGCCGCUAACCUAAAGAGAGGGAGAAGGUAACACAGAUAUCUCGAGGAAAGAAGAAAAAGAGGAGGAACAUAUACAGACGUAGUGAUAUAACAGAUACACAGUGAGGAAAGUGUUCACUAAAUUCCACAAACACGGAGGAAGGAAAUAGAAAACGCAGAAAUAUUAAGGAAAGAAGGAAAUUGUAUCUGUCGACUUACACCAAACAGGAAAAAUAAUACUGAAGUGAUAACAGUGAGGAAAUUGCUGACUGAAAUAACACAAGCACAAAGGAAGGUCAUAGAAAAAAAUUACAUUACUAAUAGAAAAGAAGAAAAUUGUACGAAUGUCUGCCUAAACAAAAAGGGGAAAAUAUAUAGACGAAGUGAUAAAAAAUAACAUAGUGAGGAAAGUGUUUAAUAAAUGACAGAAACACGUAGAAAGAAAAUAAAAAAUCACAUGAAAAUAGAUCGAAAAGAGAAGGAAAAGAAUAUAGAUCCGUAUAAUAUCCGUGAUCUCAGGAAAGGUAAAACAUAAUAGAUCAAGACUAUCUAGUGAAGGGGAAAGAAGGCAGUGAGGAAAAAAAUCUACUCUUUAAAAGUUGAAAGGAAGAAAAUAUAAACAACCCACGAAAUAUUUAAAAAAAGAAAAUAUAUAGAUCUAAACUUAACAUCCGUCCUCAGAGAAACAAAACAAAACAAAACAAAAAAAACAACACAGUGACCAAAAGGCUUAGAAAAUAACAUAAAUAGGAAAAUAGGAAGAACAGAACAGAACAUAGAAAAAAAAAACAGAAAAUAACCAGAAAAAAAAGAGAUAUAGAAAUACACAUCCACAUUCACAAAGAGGAAAAAAAAAACAUGAAUCCAGAAAUGCAAAAUAUUCCAAGCGAGUGAAGACGGAUCGUGAAGUAUUUUCCCAAACAAAUCCCUUGAAGGAAAAAGAAGGAAAAAAAAUAAUAGGAAAGGAAACAUCUAUUACUCCCACGAUGACGAAGGGGAAGUGUGGGUGAAGGCUGAGUGUGUGCGUGUGUACGUGUGUGUAUGCGUGAGGCCCCCCCCCUCACGCCCCACCCAAACUACAGUGUUCCUUUACCCGGAAAUACCUGCUGGGGGUGACUGAUUAACUAUACACCUGUGCGAGUUUGUGCGUUUGUGCGUGUGACUCACCUGCUCCUCGGCUUCUUGUCUGCUCUUCGUUUUUGAGUGGCGGUGAGCUGCGGCCGCCCCCCCGCCGCCGCCAUGACCUGCCACCUCACCCCCACCGGCGGGGACCUUCGCGCCAAUAUUGAGGGUCUGCUCAAGAAGUUCAGAGUGACGAAAGAGAACGAGAAGGAAAGCGAGAUCUUCACCCUCGCGAACCUGGACAACGGCUGCAUCAGAAAGUUUAUCGUGAAGAAGGUGGAUGAGUCGGCCUUCCUCGCCUCCAUCAACCGGCGCAACAAGGAGGACAGCAAAUCCCUGACCGACGAGAACGAGAACACGGCCGUGGUGGGGGCCGAGGAGGGCGGUGACGGGUGCCCGCUGGUGCCGCCCUCCCCCAGGCUGCCGCGGCGCCAUGUCGACGCGCAGCCGCUAGCCAACGGGCACGCCACGCCGCUCGAGCGAAAGUCGUCCUCCAACUUUAAGCUGGGAUGUGACGACGACUCGGACGACGACUGCAGCAUGACCGUCGAAGACAAGGAUGACCCCGGCGUAAUCAACCCCGCCUUCUCCUACGAGGAAGACGACGACGACGACCUCGGGCGGGGCGACGGCUCCACCACCUCCGCCAGGUCGUCCCCGGACACCUCUCCCUCACAGUCUCCAAAACUCAACUUCGGCAGCAUGAGUCCGCGGCCCAGCCCCAGACACUCGCCGGUGAGCCACCGGUCGGGUAACCUGAGCCACCGGAGCUCCGUGUCCUCCGUCAGGAAGGGCAUCCUCAAGAAGAGCGGCUCCUCCUCCACCAUCAACAUGGAGAUGGUCAACCUCGGCCUCCAGAACGCCGCCAUCGCCGCCGGGAACGCCGCCAACCUCAACGGGUACCAGCGGGCGCGCUUCACCGACCCCUACGACGACAACUUCGUCCCCAUGGACACGCACCGCUUCGUCGGCUCCUCAGAAGAGAACAACUACGCGAUGCAGCAAAAGUCUCUGGGCGGCCACCGCGUCAAGUUUAUCCUGGAGACCGGUAAGCCAGACCACGUGCACGGCUCCUACGACGACAUCCGGAUAGAGAAGAUGGAGAGGGAGCGGAUCGAGAGGAUUGAAAGCGACCCGCCCGCUGCGCAUGGCAUGCCUCCACUAACACCCCCUCAAACGCCCCCUCUUCAUCCCAUGACUCCCCAUAGCUUAGCUUGCCUUGGCUCGGCAGCACAGCACCGCCACUCUGCUGCACCGCCUCCCUCUUCCGCUUGUCUCCCCGACUUGGUGCCCCAGUCCAUGAGAGGGCCGGGUCCGGGAGGGAUUCACUACUCUCCUCCGCCCCACGCGUCGCUUCAAGCUCCUGUUCAUGUAGGUCAUGAAGAUGACGACGAGCUUGGUAGCAUUACCCCGGAACCUUCUGUACUUCAGCCAGGCGAGACUUUCGUGCAGAAGCAAGACGAGGCUUCCCUUCAGGAACAGAGGCGGGAGCUGCGGGCACUGCUCCUGCAGGACUUGGCAAACUUCCGGCAAGGCCACGGCUACCUGAUGGCCAAGGAGUUGGAGGAGAAAGUGGCGGCUCUGAGGUUGAGUAAGAGUGUCCUGCACCGAGUCAAGAUCCUCCAUUACCUCCGCCUGAGGGAGCGGCACUCCGGCAGCCUCCACCCGGCGCUGCUCGCCGCCAACCCUGACACCCUGCCGCCGCGCCGCUCGGCCCACCUGAGGCGGCCCCGGGCCAGGGCGGGAAUGUUCCUGGGGGACUCUCCCCAAGAGAGAAGUCUCCCGCCCAUCCCUGAGGAAGACACAGUGGGAGAGGCGCAGAGCCAAGAACACCCCGCACAUCGCCAUCACCUGGGAAUCAUCGCUACUAAGGCGGAGGAGCGCCGGCAGGGCGCCGUGCCGCUGGAGGCCCCGCCCGCGGGGGCUGAGAGACACGGCAGCGACGCGCCAGACGCACACCCCUUGAGUCACUCGUCGCCUUACCCCACGGGGCACGAGAGGCCGUCGUUGAAACGAAGAUUCCUAAAGAAAAAUGAAAAGGCUCUUCCUCAGGGCCCUAAUGGGACCGCCGAGGUGCCGUUGCGUGUCAGCAGCAUCAGCCAUCAGUACCUCGCCUCGGAUCGGCCAGAGGCAGCGGAGCCUCACGUCAGCAGCCUCGGCAAAAUGGUCCUCAAGAUAGAGAUCAACUGUAUGAGUCCCUGGGCGGACGCUGCUCAGCUUCCCUCCGACUCCACCGAAGCCCCGGGCAGCCCCUCGGCCCCUGCCGGCGGGCGACACACUACCGUCACGGACAUCGUGCUUGACGCCGCCUCCCCGCCGGUGCCGGCCUGCCCUACCCCCGCCACGCCUCCCGACGCCUCAUAUUUUACCCCCGUUGGCCUCAAGAAAGCCUCUGUCCUAGCCUCGUCACCAUCCCAGGGCCCCCCGGCCUGCCCUGGACCCUCGGCAGCCCCAGGCCCGUCCCUCAGCCCAGAGGUCGUGUACCAGGACCAGUCCACCUCCCAGGUGUCCCUGCCAAGCUCCGUCCAGGAACCCACUGGGGACGGCCAAGCGUCCCAGCCGUGCCCCCUGAGCAGCGGACCUACCGACUACCUCACCUGGGCGGCGGAGGUGACCCGGGAGGAGGACAGCAGCGGGAAGAACCUGGAGGUGACGAACAUGACGGACCGAGGCGGGAAGAAGUGUCUGUUGUUCUGCGCGGCGAUGUUGGUGCUGACCGGAGCUGUGAUCGUGGCGGGGCUGUACGGCUCUGGGAAACUAAAGACACUCAGGGACUACGGCAAAGGCAUAUCGAGUGGGCUUUCUGGAGGAGCCACCAAUCAGCCCGCCACCAGCCAGCCCUCCCCUACAUACGUGCCCAAUGCAAUCGAAGGCAAGUUUAAGAUCGACAACCACGAAUUCACGCAGGAACUGACGGAUGUAGACUCGGAGGAAUAUAAGAAAUUGGCGAAGGAUCUCGAGGCAGAGCUGAGGAAGACCUUGUUCCCUGAGCCCGUCCUACAUAACGGCAAGGCCAUUCUAAACCUGAAGAUCAUCAAAUUUGAGCCCGGCAGCAUCAAGGUGACAUUCAGGGUGGGCUGGACCUACUACGACGCGGAGAACCAGCAGGAGGCGCCGCUCAACCUGACGGCGGUGCGGCAGAACUUUGAGAACCGCAUCGUGAACAACACCCUGUACUUACUGGAAGAGGAGUACCGCGUGCCGCCAGACUCCAUCGUGAUCGACCGUUUGGUUGACAAGUGCCACAACAAUCGGUCACUCUGCUCCAAUGAUUGCAAGUUCUAUGAAGACAUCCUUCGCUUCAUAUGCACCUGUCCAGACCACCUCCUCCUCAUCAACACCACCACCUGCAUCUACCCCAACCAAACAACUACUACCUCAACAACUGAGGUUUCCAUCAAAUCCGACUUCAACCAAAUCCUCCAGAAUGCAGGCGGUGCCACCCUGGUGAGCAUCAAGCAGGAGGAUAUUGGAAUAGGCAUUGAGGCACCACCAACAGAGGAAGAGGAGGAGGAAGAGACAGAAGGUGACACAGAACCAAAGCCAGAGGAUGGAACAGUAGAUGGAACAGCUUCUAAUGUCACCCUAAAUGCCACCUCAGAAGAACCACCUCCCACCAAUGCCACGGAUGUGACCACAAGCACCACCACCAAUACUACCACCACCACUAUGACUCCUGCAUCACCAGGCUCCAAUGAAACAGUCUCUGAGGUCAGCUCAAUCAAUGCGACAGAUGUCACAAACAUGACGACCACAACCCCUGCCACCUCGGAAGUGCAGACCAACACUACAGGUAACGCAACGAUCACCGAAGCCGUGCCCGGCCAGGAGGAGCAGCCAGCCACCACCACCAAGAAGGCAGCAUCUGAAGAAGUGACUGUCAGCCCUGAGGAGCCAGAGCAGCCAGGCGGUGUUGAUGUUGCCAACACAACAGUUACAAGUGAAAACACCACGGCAGUGGAUGCUGCAACAGAACCUUCCUCUCUAAAUGUAACGGCCGUGACAAGCGAUCCAGCAUCAGUCACAACCACAACGGAGCACAGUACUAAAGAAGGGGAAACAGGAACCAAACAGGAAGAAGGAACAUUUGACGAGCUCCCCGUUCUUGAAGUUGUGACCAACACAACCCAUCACAGCAACAUAUCCAUUAUUAUUAAUGGCACAGAGUAUGAAGUGCCUCCACACUCAUUGAUCAAUGACAGUUCUUUGUUCCCAGAGAUUUAUGUGUCUCCUGGGACACGUCUGGAGGACAUCAAGUCCUUCACAAACCUCCCCGGCAAGAAAGUCAUUAUCCUGGACCUCUCGGCUCUUCGGCCCGGAGACUCACCCGGAAAUGUUGGGUUGCAGGAAAUGGAGGAAGCUAUGGGUGGUGAUGCUGCUAUUCCUGAUGAGAAGCAAAGUGGCACAGCUGUAGAAGAAGAAACACUCUCCCACAACACCACAUCACCCCCACCUGAUGCUGCCCCUCCAGAGGCUGUGAGUGAAGCCUCAAGCACGGUCACAGCUGCGAGUGCUGUCACAGAAAGCACCACCACUCAGGCAACUGAAAAACCUGCCGUUGUUGUAAAUGCAAAUGAAAUUCCAGCCCACGGAGACACUGUAGAAAGUAAACCUGUGGAGGAGGAACUUCUUAAAGAGGUGGUGACCAUUCCUGCUGUUCCUUAUGAAGGCAAUCCAAUCUUUGCCAAUAAAACACCCCCAUCUGUGAGAACCACCACCACCACCACCACCACCACCACUACAGCAUCUCCCUCUACCACUGCUGCCCCAACCACCACUACUGCUACCCCCACCACCCCUGCUUCACCCACAACUCAGGUGCCUGCAAUAGAAGUUAACAAUGUUACCCAAGCUGCCAGCACCACCACCACGCAGGACUACGACACCAAGGGGGAGGAGGCCCCGGUUGACAGCCACCCAUCAAUCUUUGACGCCAUCUUCAGCGCCAGCUCUGAUCUCAGCAGCAUGAAGGGAAACACCACCUCAGAUGGUGAUCUUUCCACCACCACCACCACCACCACCACCACCACCACCACAGCUGCCACCACCACUACCACAGCAGGAAGCACCAACUCCUCUGAGACACACCACUCAGCUCCCUCAGAGGCUGAGUCCAGUGUGUCCUCCAGUGAUUCAGCACCCAAGGUGUUGUGUAGUGAAGACCAGGUGGAGUGCACCAAUGGCACCAGUCCGCUGGGUCGCUGCAUCCCUCGCAGCGCUCGCUGCAACUCCGUCAUGGAUUGCACCGAUGAAUCAGACGAGCUUGACUGCAAAGAAAACAACUGCUUUGGCAACUUCCAGUGCCAGGACGGGGAGUGCAUCGAGCGGCUCUACGUGUGUGACGGCGUCACCAACUGCCGGGACGGUGACGAUGAGCUGAGCUGUGAGUCUUGGGAGUGUAAGGAGGAUGAGCUCAAGUGCGGCGGCGGCGCCCCCUCCCCGUGCAUCCCUCUCUCCCUGCGCUGCGACGGCCAGCCGGACUGUGCCGACCAUUCCGACGAACUCAACUGUACCGAGAUGUGUCCCGGGGACGAGUUCCGGUGCAGGGAGGGCUGGUGCAUCCCGAAAGCACGGACCUGCGAUGGGCGGCCUGACUGUCACGCAGGGGAAGACGAGGAGGACUGCGAGUGUUCUGGGCUGGACGAGACCCCGUGUGACGUUGGCGGGUGUGUGCCGACCUUCCAGCUGUGUGACGGCCUGAGGCAGUGCAAUGACGGCUCAGACGAGUGGAACUGUGUCAGGAUUGACAACAGGACUCGCCAGCUGGAAGUCAGGAGCGGGAAGAGCCGGUGGAGUGCAGUGUGUGGCGAGGGGUGGACCACUCAGUGGAGUGACCUGGUGUGUGAGUUGCUUGGCGCUGCAUACUCAGUCAGCACAGAGGUUAAGCGUGUGGCGGAAUCGGUGCCUCGGCCACGAGUGAAGCUGUCACAGAAGACCGUGCUGGGUGCUGACAUAUCGCUGCAGUACGUCCUCAAGUCUGACUGUUCCAGCGACAACCUGGUGCACCUCUCCUGUGAACAUCACUCCUGUGGGUCCUGGAGCCUCAAGGAUGAAAUGUUGGAGGAACAUCAGCUGUCAGCUGGUGAGCAGCCCCCAGCCACAGAGGGACAGUGGCCCUCACUGGCACUUCUAUUGAGGACACACCCAAAUAAGAAUGACACACACGCCCAGGGCCAGUACUGCUCAGCCACCAUUGUAGCCCCAAGCUGGGUCCUGGCCGCAUACACCUGCCUUUCUUCAAAGGAGAAUGGCAUGGAGCCCUCCACCUGGGCCAUGGUGUCCGGCGUGGCCUCCCCCACCGGCUCCACCGAGUUCCAUCACGUGACGAAGAUUCUGCCUUUCCCCGGCAUGGUGCGAACCGGUGGCCUGUGGACCGGGGACGCAGUGCUGCUCCGCCUGAAGAAGCCGCUGGUGUUGGGACCAAACACUCAGCCUGUGUGCGUGCCUGACGUGCCGCCCCGCAGCACCGCCCGCUGCGUGGUGACCGGCUGGACGCGUUCACAUGACGGCUUGGGUGGCCAGAGCCAGUUCCUGCACUACCUCCCCGUGCCCACCCUGGCCCUGGACGCCUGCAACACCACCCACUACCCCGGCCGCCUCAACCCCACACACACAUGCGUCGGCUUCUCCGUUGCCCAGCACGCACCCUGCCAUGGCGACGAGGGCAGUCCACUCAUGUGCCGCAGUGAGUCUGGUGCGUGGCGUCUGGAGGGUCUGCUCACCCACCACGCCCGCUGCGGUCGUGCUGGUCACCCCGCCAUCUUCACCGCCCUCCACGCCCUCCAGCCAUGGCUCAGCAACACCAUUGGCACCCCCUACGUCCCCAGCCUCCCCCACACGUCCACCAUCACCACCACCACCACCACCACGACCCCAGCUUCCACCACUGUUCUUUCAAGUACUACAACAGUCACUAGUGCCUCCACCUCCACCACACCUCCCUCCUCCACUGCCACCUCAGACACCAUAUCAGUGUCUGCUGAAGGCAAUGGGGCCGCCAAUUCCACAGAGCUGAAGGAUGAUCUUCCGCCACUUUCGUCCCCCGGCAAGGCCCCGCUAUAGCAACAGCUGGGCCCUAGUGGUGUGUCGUCGUGAAAGGUGCCAUACGUGCCGUUAAUGUGCUAUGAUAUGUGCUAAACCGUUACAGUAUCCACAAAUGAUAAAUACAACACUGUAAUGUUUCUUGAGCUUUCUGUGAUCUUAGAUUUGUUGUACUAUAGAAGACUGACAGGAUAAUCAUUAGCAUUGUUGACUCUUGUUAAGUCUGGGGGACCUUCCCCCUCCCCCCCAGAGCAGGACUGGCCAGUGUCAGCAUCCUGGAAAUGUGAUGCCGAGUGUGGAGGUGAGUGGCAGGGUGUGGGCCUGUGCCGACCACGGGGACCCAGCGUGAGCCUUGGACUCCUUGGUGCUGAGGGUCAGGAGAGAGAAGCCUGAUGGUGUGCUGAACAAAACUAUCUGAAUAUUAAGCAUUAAAUUGAAGUGUGUCAGCGAGAGAGUGCAGUGCUGGGAGGCUUGUGAAAAGAGAAGUUUAUGUGGUCUUGGAAGAUGGCAAGCAACUGUGAUGCUUUUCUACAUUGAAUAAACUCAUCCAGUGUACAGCGUAGUGUUGUGACGUUUAGUGUUACAGCCAUUUGUCUGUGACAAAUGAGAACGUGGAUCAGUCUCUUAUACAUGAAAGACGUGUGUAGAAUUUUUAAGCAGAUUAUCUACCAAAUGACUCCAGUAUUGUUGAAGUUUGUUGUAGAACAUAUCCUUUUGUGAUAAAGAAAGGUUGUUGUUACAUCCUGAACAGUGUACAUAAUAAUAACAGCCAUAUAUAUAUAUAUAUAU